UGCCGGGCGGUCCUGCGGAGCGGGCGGGCGGGCGAGAGCCGGCGGAGAGGGGAAUCAAAGGGACGGCUGCGACUCGGCUGCGAACCCUCGGCACCGACAGCGCUGCGGCCGGCGCCCGGCACGCCUCGAAGGCUUCUCCCCCCAUCCCGCACCCCGCACACCUAUGCGCGGCUGAGCCGGUCCUGGACCCGUCGAUCCCGCCCUCGGUCUUCGGAGCAGAAAUCGCCAAGACGGAAGGACUGGAAAUGGCAGACCAUAUGAUGGCCAUGAACCACGGGCGCUUCCCGGACGGCUCCAACGGGCUGCACCACCACCCGGCCCACCGCAUGAGCAUGGGGCAGUUCCCGACCCCGCACCACCACCAGCAGCAGCCCCAGCAGCAGCCCCAGCACGCCUUCAACGCCCUGAUGGGCGAGCACCUACACUACGGCGCGGGCGGCCUGAACGCCACCGGCGGCAUCCGGCACGCCAUGGGGCCGGGGACGGUGAACGGGGGGCACCCGGCCGGCGCGCUGGCCCCCGCCGCCAGGUUUAACAACUCGCAGUUCCUGGGCCCCCCGGUGGCCAGCCAGGGCGGCUCGCUGCCCGCCAGCAUGCAGCUGCAGAAGCUCAACAACCAGUAUUUCAACCAUCACCCCUACCCCCACAACCACUACAUGCCGGAUUUGCACCCCGCCGCGGGCCACCAGAUGAACGGGACCAACCAGCACUUCCGAGAUUGCAAUCCCAAGCACAGCGGCGGCAGCGGCGCGCCCGGCGGCUCGGGCGGCAGCGCCACCCCCGGGGGCUCCGGGAGCAGCGCGGGCGGCGGAGGCGGCGGCGGCUCCAUGGCCGCGUCGGUGGCCCACGUCCCCGCCGCGAUGCUGCCCAAUGUCAUAGACACUGAUUUCAUCGACGAGGAAGUGCUCAUGUCCUUAGUGAUAGAAAUGGGCUUGGACCGCAUCAAGGAGCUGCCUGAACUCUGGCUGGGGCAGAACGAGUUUGAUUUUAUGACGGACUUCGUGUGCAAACAGCAGCCCAGUAGAGUAAGCUGCUGACUGGGUCGAAAGGAAAAAAAGAAAAAGAAAAAAAUGAAUCAACCCCCCCCUCCCCACCCCCACCCCCACUUCUUCGG